AUGUCUGCACAUACUUACAAGAAGUUUGAAAACUCGACCUCGGGGGAUUUGCCUGACAAAAUGACCAUUUAUCAGGACUGUAUGAACACGUUUAACGAAUCACCUGUCAAUUCCAAGAGAUGUCGUUUGCUGAUUUCUCGCUUGCUGAGACUCUUGGCUCAGGGUGAAACCUUUCCACAAAAUGAAGCUACUGCAUUAUUUUUCUCCAUCUCCAAAUUAUUUCAACAUCAGAACGAUCCUUUAAGGCAGGCUGUUUAUUUGGCAAUUAAGGAAUUGAGCGGCAUUUCAGAAGAUGUGCUGAUGGCUACUUCUUCAAUCAUGAAAGACGUUCAGAACGGUUCAGAUUUAAUUAAGCCUGACGCUAUUAGAUCACUGACUUAUGUCUUGGAUGAAUCUACCGCUUUUUCCGCUGAAAGAUUGUUGAAAAGUGCCGUGGUAAGCAGACACCCUUCAAUCUCUUCAGCAGCAUUAUGUACCUCCUACCAUUUGCUACCCAUUUCAGAAGUCACUAUCAGAAGAUUUACAAACGAAACUCAAGAAGCUGUUCUGGAUUUGAAACAGUUUCCAAAUCAACAUGGUAAUAGUGAAUAUUAUCCAAACUCCACUUAUAUUUCUCAGUAUCAUGCUCUUGGGUUGCUUUAUCAACUAAAGAAAACCGACAAAAUGGCGUUACUAAAAUUGGUUAGACAUUUUUCUGAAAACAAUUCUAUGAAAAAUCAAUUGGCCAAGGUAGAAUUGGUCAAGAUUGUCAAUGAUUUGAUUUAUAGGGAUCCUCAAUUAUUUAAUCAAUUCAGACCACUUUUAUCUGAUUGGCUAUCCAACAAAUUCGAAUCUGUUCAGUUGGAAACAGCAAAAUUGAUCACUUCUUUCGCUACUCGUAAUUCUCGCUUAGUGGCUCCAGAGUUAUAUGCAGCUGCUAUCAGUGCUUUGCAGUCCUUACUAACUGUUCCUCGUGUUUCUUCUAGAUUUGCUGCAUUGAGAAUCCUAAACAGGAUAUCCAUGCUUUCACCUGAAAAGAUUGUUGUUUGUAAUCCUGAAUUAGAGUCCUUGAUCAAUGAUUCUAAUAGAAAUAUUUCUACUUAUGCCAUCACCACUUUAUUGAAGACAGGAACUUCCAAAAAUAUUUCGUCUCUGAUUUCGACCAUUACUAAUUUUAUCCAUGAUGUCAGUGAUGACUUUAAGAUUAUUAUUAUCGACGCCGUUCGUACUUUAUCUUUGAAUUUCCCACAGGAAUGGAAGUCAAUUUUGAACUUCUUAAUCGACGUCUUGAAAAACAGUGAGGGUGGAUUCAAAUUUAAAAACAGUAUUGUUGAAGCAUUGAUUGAUAUUGUUUCAUUCGUUCCACAGUCUAAGGAACUUGCCUUAGAAAACUUGUGUGAUUUCAUCGAGGAUUGUGAAUUCAACGAAAUAUUAGUAAGAAUAUUACAUCUUUUGGGUAAAGAGGGUCCAUCUGCUCCAAAUCCAUCAUUAUAUGUUAGACAUAUUUAUAACAGAGUAGUGUUGGAGAAUUCUAUUAUUAGAUCUGCUGCUGUAGUAGCUUUAUCUAAAUUUGCCUUGACAAAGAACGAUCCUACCUUAUACGAAUCAAUCAUAAGUUUGUUAAAGAGAAUCGCUAAUGAUAAAGACGAUGAAGUCAGAGACAGAGCUACCAUUGCACUAGAAUUCAUUUAUUCGGCUAGGAAUAAAGAAGAUAUUACAGCUCAAAAUCUAAUUGAGUCCAAAUAUUAUUACGAUAUUCCAUCAUUGGAGUCCAAAUUAAAUUCUUACAUUUCCUCAAAUACUGAUUCGUUUGCGACUGCAUUUGAUGUUAAUCAAGUCCGUAAGUUUACUGAGGAUGAAAUGAAGGCAAUAAAUUUGAAGAGGAAGCAAGAACAAAUUUUCAAUCAAAAGUCUGAAACAACUUUGGAUACUACUCCAGAGACAGACAAUGUUUCGGAAAAAAGAGCUGAUGCUAAUUCCUUUGCUGGUCCAAACUUGGACGACCAUCAAGAAGAUCUACUAGCUACUAAGUAUGCUGACGAAUUGCUAUCCAUUGAACAAAUCAAACCAUUUGGUCAAUUGGUAAAUAGUUCCAGGGCUAUCUCAUUGACUGAGCCAGAAGCCGAAUUCGUUGUACGCGGUGUCAAACAUCUCUUCAAGGACAAUGUUGUUUUACAAUUCAAUAUUACAAAUACUCUGACGGAUAUUGCCCUAGACAAUGUUUCUGUUGUUUGUACCCCUGAAAUUUCCGACGAGGCUGAAUUAGAAGAGCUAUUUACCCUACAAGUGGACAGACUAUUACCAUCUGAGGAGGCUGCUUGUUAUGUUGCAUUCAAAAAACUCGACGAAAUCGUAAUGGAAGGUUUCUUGAAUAACCUAACAUUCACUACAAAAGAAAUAAAUCCCGACACAAAUAAACCAUUUGAAGGUGAUGAAGGUUUCCAAGAUGAAUAUGAAAUCGAUUCAAUUUUCUUGAAUGCUGGGGACUAUAUUAAGAGUUCUUUCACAGGCAACUUCUCCGCUACAUUUGAUGAAUUGCCAUGCGAAGAAAUUGCUGUUUUCAACAUUCAAGAAGAUCUGUCCAUACAAGAAGUUAUAGAUAAAAUUAUUCUAAACAGUAGCUGUUUGCCAGUGGAAAGCACCCAAUUUGCUCCAAGUGAUUCGAACUCUCACAUCUUGAAAUUAUUUGGUAAGAGCGCCUUAACUGGCUCUAAAGUAGCCCUACAAAUUAAGAUGAUCAAGAGUUCGAAAGGUCUUGCUUUGAAAGUUCAAGGUAAAGGUGAAGACAGCUUAUUAUGUUCUGACCUGGUGAAUGGUCUAAUGUAG